UCAAGCUGUUCAAACAUCGCUUCUUCUCACCAUUCAGACCUGCACGCAAGUUCUCUUGGGUCAUCAGUGAUCAAAGCAACCAUGGGGAAAGACUACUUUGAGUUGGGAGGUCGCCAGUUCCCGUCAAAGACAUGGUACAGAGAUCCUGCUCUGAGAAGGACCUACAUCAUCCUCAUGUUCGUGGUCCUGACCAGCGCCACCAACGGAUACGACGGCUCAAUGAUGAACGGCCUUCAAACGCUUCCUGCCUGGAAAGAUCAUUUCGGCCACCCUUCGAAGGGAAGACUUGGUAUCUUGAACGCUAUCAUGGCUGCCGGUUCCAUUUCCGCCAUCCCUUUCGUGCCUUACGCUGCGGACUUCCUCGGCCGUCGCAUGGGUAUCCUCGUCGGCUGCAUCAUCAUGCUCAUCGGAGUCGUUUUGCAAUCCAUUGGUGCGAACUACAACAUGUUCUUGGGCGCCAGAUUCAUGAUCGGUUUCGGUGUUGCCAUUGCCCACGGAGCUUCGCCACUGCUCAUUACUGAGCUGGUCCACCCUCAGCACCGUGCUAUCUUCACCACCAUCUACAACACUACCUGGUACGCCGGUUCAAUCGUUGCCGCCUGGCUCACCUACGGAACCGACCAUAUUUCCAACAACUGGUCAUGGCGAAUCCCCACCAUCGUCCAAGCUGCUCCCAGUUUGAUUCAGAUUGCCUUUAUCUGGUUCGUCCCAGAAUCGCCCAGAUGGUACAUCGCCCACGGCAAGGAACAGAAAGGCCUCGACAUUCUCGGCAAAGUUCAUGCCAAUGGCGACAAUAACGAUGAAUUGGUCCAAGUCGAAUUCGUCGAGAUCCGUGACACCAUCCGACUCGAGAAGGAGCUUGAAUCCAAUGGCUGGAAGGAGCUCAUCAAGACUAAGGGUAACCGCCGCCGACUUAUCAUCCUCCUGAGCGCUGGUCUCUUCUCCCAAUGGUCCGGCAAUGGUCUCGUCUCAUACUACAUCACCACGGUUCUUGACCAGAUUGGCUACACUGAUACCUUGACUCAGAACUUGAUCAAUGGUGUCCUCCAAAUCUUCAACCUCUUCAUUGCAGUUUUGUCCUGCUUCUUUGUCGACAAGAUCGGUCGUCGCAAACUCUUCCUCUUCUCCACCACCGGCAUGCUCCUCACCUUCAUCGCCUGGACUAUCUGCUCGGCCCGAUUCGCUAUUGACGGCAGCAAGUCUGCUGCCAACGCGGUUGUUGGCUUCAUCUACAUCUACUACUUCUUCUAUAACUGGGCCUGGUCUGGUAUGCUUGUCGGCUACACUGUCGAGAUUCUUCCUUACAACAUCCGUGCCAAGGGUAUGACUGUCAUGUUCCUCAUGGUCGAUUGCGCGCUCUUCUUCAACCAAUACGUCAACCCCAUUGCGCUCGCAAACAUUAAGUGGAAGUACUAUAUCGUGUACUGUGUUUGGCUCGCGGUUGAACUUGCCGUGGUCUACGUCUUCUACGUGGAGACCAGGAACACCCCUCUCGAGGAAAUUGCCAAGCACUUCGACGGAGAUGACGCUCUUCUCGCUGGUGGUGCCGCUUCGCACAAGGGUCUCGCAUUGGCUACCGAGAUGGGACUCGAGGCCACUGUCAUCCAGGCAACAGAUGAGAAGAAGGCUGCUGCUGGAGCGGAAGUCGAACACGUCCAACGCAAAGGAUCUGUCUAAGAGAGCAAGGUUCGACUGAGGAAGUCUUCAAUAAUAUACUGACUCAUACGGGUAGCAUGGAAGUCUUUCGGUGGGAAGUGAGAUAGAG